AUGCCAUUGGCUCUCUACACAGUCAUCUUAACGCAAAUUCACAGCUCCAAUAAGGUCGUUCAAAUCUUUGGCACCAUCAACAUGUCAGUGUACAGCUCACAGCGGAUAGCCUUGAUCGGUCUGGGAACCAUCGGCAUAUCCAUGGCAGCGCUUCAUCUCUCUCGUGAGAGCAACAUAGUUGAUGUCUUCGAUACCAGACCGGAUUUCGAGCAAUAUAUCCAUAAGACGCUACCGAUUUACAUGAGCGAGCUGCCAUCACCAAAUACCGACCCUAGGUCAAGUCCUGAAUCUCAACCAUCAACGUCAUUGGUAGCGUCUCUUGUCUCUUCUGGCCGUCUGCGAAUUCACUCGACCCUAGAAAGCGCAUGCGCGUCGGCGACCAUUGUCCAGGAGCAAGGACCGGAAAAUGUUGACUGGAAACAAACUACCUGGACCCGGAUCGAAGCAGUAGCCCCGUCUUCUGCGCAUUUCUGGACAAGCACUUCUGGAAUUGCUGCUUCUAUUCAGCAAGCCAAGAUGCAGGACAAAUCUCGCUUGCUUGUUGUGCAUCCUUUCAAUCCACCGAAUAUAAUGCCUCUUCUCGAAAUCGUACCGGCGCCAGAAACUUCCGCUGAGCGGGUGGAAUUUGCUCGUGAAUACUUCUCUCUACCUGGAUCGAGACAUAGGCCUGUGGUCAUUCGAAAAGAGAUUCCAGGGUUUGUGGGAAAUCGGUUAGCCUUCGCCCUACUACGGGAAGCUUGCUAUCUGGUUCAGGAAGAUGUUGUAGAUGCAAAGGACCUGGACACGAUACUGAUGGCUAGUUUGGGACCACGAUGGGCUGGAAACGGUGUGUUUGAGAGCUAUCAGUAUGGCGGGGGAGAAGGUGGCAUAAGUUCCUUCUUGAACAAGCUUGGUGGCACUAUGCAAACCAUAUGGGAUGGGCAGGGGAGAAUCAACGUGGAGGGGGACGAAAGAACGGAGUGGAAGGAAAAGGUCAUUGCACAAGUGAAUGAAGCCUAUGGAACGGUGUCUGCAGAACAAAUCCAGAUAAAGGAAGCACGGCUGAAGGAUAUCAUUGGGAUCCAAAUGAAGGAUUACAACCGCCAUGGACCUGAAGUAUGA